CGAAAAAUUCGCAGUUUCUUUUUUUUUUCUUUGUUAAGCAAUGUUAUACAAAAUUUUAUAUUUAGUGUUAUUUGUGCUAUUCACGGUAUUGCACAUCAGUUCGCAUUUGAAGCCAGUUAUCCAAGCCAAUGCCAGCAUAAAGACAAUUAACCUACAGCUCGAUCGCAAGCUGCAUUUGCAUUUGGGCUACGAAUAUCAACGCUCGAUGCUGUGGCAGGCAGUAAUCAAUGCAGCGCUGCUUGUGAUUGGACUCUGGCAUUGUCAGCGUCGCGUCAUGCAGUCGAAGUUGCUUUUUCUGGGCUCACCGCAGAGCGUAGUGCAGCAUCCAGCUGGUGCUGGUGGCCACAAUACCAUAUCGCCUGCCACGGAGGUGAAAUUGGACUGGCUGCGCAGCAGAAAGUUGCUGCCAACAACCUGGGAGCUGUUUCCGUUUGGAGUUCUCGCACGCUUCGCCGGACCCUGGCUGCUGACCUUUAUAUUCAACGCAUUGCUCAAUUAUAUGCAGCUUAACAUAGUUAUGCGACACUUCUGUAGCUCCCCCCUUGAGGUGUUGAUGUACUAUGUGCGCAUCCAAAUGCUGUAUAUGCGCCAAUUGCUACUGGCUGCUGUUGAGCCACAUAAAUAUUACUUUAAUGAUGCCUUGGAGUCUUAUGUCAGCGGAGCAGCAGCAGCAGCAGCAGCUAACCACAUAAGCUAUGAGGUGAAUCUGACCGGUGAUGAUUAAAAUCAAGUGCCUAUGAGCAUGUAGUCAAUGCCUGGAAUAUCAUAUUUAGUGUUUGCUUAUGGCUUAAUGCCGCUCCUCUUGCUCUCUAUACGUUCAUUUAAAGUUGUGCAAUAAAACUGUUUUCGACAACGUA